CGGCGGUGGGCCCGGAGCUCCUGGCUCUGGCACCCUCCCCAGCGCGGGCGGGUGGACCGGGGGAGCCUGGUGUCCUUUCAGUUCGGGUUUUCCAGAUUUCUGGGACAGUGGAGCGCCUUUUCCUGAGGGCUGGCCAUUCUAGUGGUCUCUUUUCCAAAGCCUCUGCCCAAGCCUUCCGUGUUUUUUGUUUCGUUUUUUAUGGGCCGCAGAUACACUUCUUAGGUUUCCAACAGGAGACACCUUCCCUCCAUUCUGACUGAAGAUGAGUGAACAGGAAGAGUCCGACCCAUCUCUUCAAGCCCUUGAGUCCCGCCAAGAUGAUAUUUUAAAACGUCUCUAUGAAUUGAAAGCUGCGGUUGAUGGCCUCUCGAAGAUGAUUCAGACACCAGACGCAGACGUGGACGUAACCAACAUAAUCCAAGCUGACGAGCCCGCUGCUUUCUCGACCAGCGCGUUGGACUUAAACUCAGUGCUUGGAAAGGAUUACGGGGCGCUGAAAGACAUCGUGAUCAACGCAAACCCUGCCUCCCCUCCCCUGUCCCUGCUCGUGCUGCACAGGCUCCUGUGUGACCACUACAGGGUCCUGUCCACCGUUCACACGCACUCUGCAGUUAAGAGUGUGCCAGAAAACCUCCUCAAGUGCUUUGGCGACCAGACCAAAAAACAGCCCCGUCACGAGUAUCAGCUGGGUUUUACUCUAAUUUGGAAGAAUGUGCCGAAGACGCAGAUGAAGUUCAGCGUCCAAACGAUGUGUCCCAUCGAAGGAGAAGGGAACAUCGCCCGGUUUCUGUUCUCUCUGUUUGGCCAGAAGCAGAAUGCUGUGAAUUUAACCCUCAUAGAUAGCUGGGUAGAUAUAGCGGUUUUUCAGCUAAAAGAGGGAAGCAGUAAAGAAAAAGCCGCUGUGUUCCGCUCCAUGAACUCCGCUCUUGGCAAGAGCCCCUGGCUGGUUGGGAAUGAACUCACUGUGGCAGAUGUGGUGCUGUGGUCUGUGCUCCAGCAAACGGGAGGCGGCAGCAUGACAGUGCCGGCCAACGUGCAGAAGUGGAUGAGGGCGUGUGAGAACCUGGCCCCCUUCAACACCGCCCUCAAGCUCCUUCAGUGAAUUUCGGUACCUGUAAAAGGCUGACUUCAUGAAUGGUGCUGUUUCCUGCCUGUUGGGGGUAAAGGACUUGUACUAAAAUCAAAGUCUGCUUAGCUCAGUUGUCUAGAAUGAAUAAAGGUAUCAUAAUUUA